AUGUUUUAUUUUUAUGUUUUAAUUAUUAAUAUAAUUCUAUUAGUAAAUUCGUCUUUAUUACAAUUUGAAACAAGUUGUGAUUCAUCUCAAUUUAUAGAUCUAGAAAAUUUAAUCGGUUCACUUCAUAGAUAUGUACCUGACAAAGGUCAUCUAAUUGUACGUGAUAUGGGUUUAACUAUUGGACAACAAAAAUUACUAAAAAUAUAUCAAAAUAUUGAAAUUAUUUCAUCGACAUAUAAACGAAAAGAAAAUAUUCCUAUAAUAAAUGUUAAAAAUGAAUUUUUUUUUAUAAAUAAUACUCUUAU